UUGACAGUGGCGGUCGCCCGGCAGCCGAGCGGGCGCAGCGGCGGAGCGCAGCGCGGCGCGGUGCGGCGCGGGCAACGGGGAGGGCGCAAUUCGGCGGCCCUGGGUGAAACAGCUGGCGGCAGCGGUGCGAUGCUGCGGGUGUCCCCGGGCUCUGGCAUCGCGCCCUCUUCCUAAGAAUGUGUCGAAGCAAGCAAGUGCAGGAUGGACCACUAUCCAAAUGUCUAAAGUACCCUGUGAAGCAAACACUGUGAGCCAUACAAUGGGAACAGUAGAGAGAUUCAAGAGAGAAACUUUAGGAAUGACAUUGAGCCAAAAGAGAAGUGAGCCCAGAGGGAAAGAGAAGUGAAACUCUUUGGAAAUCCAAGGUAGGAGGUCACAAGAUGUGAACUGGAAAGCAUCUCCAUACAGAACUGAAGUGAAGGAUUGAAACAGUUGCAUUAUUGGGUGAAGGAGAUACAGCAGGAGGCUGCGCUGCACCCUCUGGGGAAGCAGGAAACCAGUCCAGCCAGAUCGUGUUGAAGGGAAACCAGAGCCAUUUAAUUAUGCACAGAAUUGACAGUUCCAGGUUGAACUGAAGAAACUAAGCUGAUUGAAUCAGCCCAGAACACUGUGUAUAAAACAGGACAAGGAACUGAGCAACCGGCUUUCUCAAACAACAAAGAACAAGUUAAACUCAUCUCAAAAUGAAUUUAAAUCAUUGAGACGGAGCAGCCUGCCACUUGAACUUCCCAUCGGAAAUCACGUUAAAGGAAAACUUCAAAGAAACAUCAAAAACCUGGAACCUUUUCACCUGAGGCGCCCCAAAAAGAGACCGUCCAUAUUCCCAGCUUCUCCAGUUGGCAACGGUUACAUCAAACCUCCAGUCCCACCUGCUUCUGGCACGCACAGGGAGAAAGGACCACCGGCCAUGUUGCCGAUCAAUGUGGACCCAGACAGCAAGCCAGGAGAGUAUGUCCUCAAGAGUUUGUUUGUGAACUUCACCACUCAGGCCGAGCGUAAGAUUCGAAUCAUCAUGGCAGAGCCUUUGGAAAAGCCAUUGACGAAGUCUCUGCAGCGUGGAGAAGACCCCCAGUUUGAUCAGGUCAUCAGCUCUAUGAGCUCCCUCUCUGAGUACUGCCUGCCCUCCAUCCUGCGAACACUCUUCGACUGGUACAAAAGGCAAAACGGCAUUGAGGACGAGUCACACGAAUACAGGCCACGAACAAGCAAUAAGUCCAAAAGUGAUGAACAGCAGCGAGACUAUUUAAUGGAGAGACGGGACCUUGCCAUUGAUUUCAUCUUUUCUUUAGUGUUAAUAGAAGUCUUGAAACAGAUCCCCCUUCAUCCUGUAAUUGACAGCUUAAUACAUGAUAUUAUUAACUUGGCUUUCAAGCACUUUAAAUACAAAGAAGGGUACCUGGGUCCCAACACUGGCAAUAUGCACAUUGUGGCUGAUCUGUAUGCUGAGGUCAUCGGAGUGCUGGCCCAAGCCAAGUUCCCUGCUGUCAAGAAGAAGUUCAUGGCAGAGCUGAAAGAGCUACGGCACAAAGAGCAGAGCCCCUAUGUGGUGCAAAGCAUCAUCAGCUUGAUAAUGGGGAUGAAAUUCUUCCGAAUUAAGAUGUACCCCGUGGAGGACUUCGAGGCGUCCCUCCAGUUCAUGCAGGAAUGCGCGCAUUACUUUCUGGAGGUCAAAGACAAAGACAUCAAGCAUGCCUUGGCUGGGCUCUUUGUAGAAAUCCUUGUCCCGGUGGCCGCUGCUGUCAAAAAUGAAGUCAACGUCCCCUGCCUCAGGAACUUUGUGGAGAGCCUGUACGAUACGACGUUGGAACUCUCCUCUCGGAAAAAGCAUUCCUUGGCCUUAUACCCACUGGUGACCUGUCUCCUCUGUGUCAGUCAGAAGCAGCUGUUCCUCAACAGGUGGCAUGUUUUCCUCAACAACUGCUUGUCCAACCUUAAGAAUAAAGACCCCAAAAUGGCUCGCGUUGCCUUGGAAUCUCUCUACAGAUUACUGUGGGUUUACAUGAUUCGAAUCAAAUGUGAAAGCAACACGGCCACUCAGAGCCGACUCAUAACCAUCACCACCACGCUUUUCCCCAAAGGGUCCCGCGGCGUGGUACCCAGGGAUAUGCCUCUGAAUAUCUUUGUGAAGAUUAUCCAGUUCAUCGCCCAGGAACGUCUGGACUUUGCAAUGAAGGAAAUUAUUUUUGACUUUCUCUGUGUGGGAAAACCAGCCAAAGCUUUCAGUCUCAACCCAGAGAGAAUGAACAUCGGUUUGCGGGCGUUCCUGGUGAUUGCUGAUAGCCUACAACAAAAGGAUGGCGAGCCGCCCAUGCCAGUGACGGGAGCCGUGCUCCCCUCAGGAAACACCCUGAGAGUGAAGAAGACAUACUUGAGUAAAACACUCACUGAGGAGGAAGCCAAAAUGAUAGGAAUGUCCUUGUAUUACUCUCAAGUCCGCAAGGCCGUAGGCAAUAUCUUAAGGCACCUUGAUAAAGAAGUGGGGCGGUGCAUGAUGCUGACCAACGUCCAGAUGCUAAACAAAGAGCCGGAAGAUAUGAUCACGGGCGAGAGAAAGCCCAAGAUAGAUCUCUUCAGGACCUGUGUUGCCGCGAUUCCUCGCCUGUUGCCUGAUGGGAUGUCCAAACUUGAACUUAUUGACUUGCUAGCCAGACUCUCUAUUCAUAUGGAUGACGAACUGCGCCACAUUGCACAGAACUCUCUUCAGGGACUACUGGUUGACUUCUCUGACUGGAGGGAAGACGUCCUGUUCGGCUUCACGAACUUCCUGCUCCGGGAAGUAAAUGACAUGCAUCACACCCUCCUGGACUCCUCCCUAAAGUUGCUUCUGCAGUUGCUCACCCAGUGGAAACUGGUCAUACAGACACAGGGAAGAGCCUACGAACAAGCCAACAAGAUCAGAAACUCAGAGCUCAUUCCCAACGGCUCCAGCCACCGUAUGCAGUCAGAACGAGGCCCGCACUGCAGUGUCCUCCAUGCUGUGGAAGGCUUCGCUCUCGUCUUGCUCUGCAGCUUCCAGGUGGCCACACGCAAGCUGUCGGUGCUGAUACUCAAGGAGAUCCGAGCUCUCUUCCUGGCCCUGGGUCAGCCCGAGGACGAUGACAGGCCAAUGAUUGAUGUCAUGGAUCAGCUGAGUUCUUCCAUUCUUGAAAGCUUCAUUCAUGUGGCAGUUUCAGAUUCGGCAACACUACCUCCGACCCACAAUGUAGAUCUCCAGUGGUUGGUGGAAUGGAACGCGGUCCUGGUCAACAGCCAUUACGAUGUGAAGAGCCCCUCCCACGUCUGGAUCUUCGCGCAAUCUGUCAAAGACCCCUGGGUCCUGUGCCUCUUCAGCUUCCUCCGUCAGGAAAACUUGCCGAAGCAUUGCCCCACGGCCCUCAGCUAUGCCUGGCCUUACGCCUUCACCCGGCUGCAGUCCGUGAUGCCGCUGGUAGACCCAAACAGCCCAGUCAACGCCAAGAAAACCAGCACAGCGAGCAGCGGAGACAACUAUGUUACCUUGUGGAGAAAUUACCUCAUUCUCUGUUUCGGAGUUGCCAAGCCCAGUAUUAUGAGCCCAGGACACUUACGAGCAUCCACUCCUGAGAUAAUGGCAACGACUCCCGACGGUACAGUGAGCUACGAUAACAAGGCCAUUGGCACACCAUCAGUGGGCGUCCUGCUGAAACAGUUGGUGCCUUUGAUGAGGCUGGAAAGCAUUGAAAUCACAGAGUCCCUUGUUUUAGGAUUUGGAAGAACAAAUUCCCUUGUUUUCAGAGAAUUGGUUGAAGAACUCCAUCCAUUAAUGAAGGAGGCUCUAGAGAGAAGACCAGAGAACAAGAAACGCCGAGAACGGAGAGAUUUGCUGAGGCUUCAGCUGCUUCGGAUAUUCGAACUUCUGGCAGACGCUGGCGUGAUAAGUGACAGCACAAAUGGAGCUUUAGAACGAGACACCUUAGCGCUUGGAGCUUUGUUCUUGGAAUACGUGGACUUGACCCGCAUGCUCUUAGAAGCUGAAAAUGACAAAGAGGUCGAAAUUCUUAAAGACAUCCGAGCACAUUUUAGCGCCAUGGUUGCCAACUUGAUCCAGUGUGUUCCAGUUCAUCACAGAAGAUUUCUCUUCCCCCAGCAAAGCCUACGGCACCAUCUCUUCAUCUUGUUCAGCCAGUGGGCUGGCCCCUUCAGCAUCAUGUUUACACCUCUGGAUCGGUACAGUGACCGAAACCACCAGAUAACGAGAUACCAGUACUGUGCUCUAAAGGCAAUGUCGGCAGUGCUGUGCUGUGGCCCUGUAUUUGACAAUGUCGGCCUCUCUCCGGACGGCUAUCUGUAUAAGUGGCUCGACAAUAUUCUGGCUUGUCAAGAUUUACGAGUUCAUCAGCUUGGCUGUGAGGUCGUCAUGUUGCUACUGGAACUUAAUCCUGACCAGAUAAACCUUUUCAAUUGGGCCAUCGACCGAUGUUACACAGGAUCCUACCAGCUUGCUUCCGGCUGCUUCAAAGCCAUAGCGACUGUGUGCGGAAACAGGAACUAUCCCUUCGACAUAGUGACACUGCUGAACCUUGUUCUCUUCAAGGCCUCUGACACCAACAGAGAGAUUUACGAAGUCUCCAUGCAGCUCAUGCAGAUCCUCGAAGCAAAGCUUUUUGUGCACUCCAAAAAGGUUGCGGAACAAAGACCUGGCAGUAUUCUAUACGGAACACAUGGACCGCUGCCACCUCUCUACAGUGUGUCGCUAGCCCUUCUGUCGUGUGAGCUGGCCCGGAUGUACCCCGAGCUCACUCUUCCCCUCUUCUCAGAGGUGAGCCAGAGAUUCCCCACGACACACCCAAAUGGACGGCAGAUCAUGCUCACCUACCUGUUGCCAUGGCUACACAACAUUGAACUGGUGGACAGCAGACUCCUCCUCCCGGGGUCCAGUCCCAGCAGUCCUGAGGAUGAGGUCAAGGACCGAGAAGGAGAAGUGACUGCCUCUCAUGGACUAAAAGGGAAUGGCUGGGGCUCUCCGGAAGCUACCUCUCUGGUCCUGAAUAACCUCAUGUACAUGACAGCCAAGUAUGGAGAUGAAGUCCCAGGAGCAGAAAUGGAGAACGCUUGGAACGCUCUGGCCAACAAUGAGAAGUGGAGCAACAACCUGAGGGUCACACUGCAGUUCCUCAUCAGCCUGUGCGGGGUCAGCAGCGACACCAUCCUCCUGCCCUAUAUUAAAAAGGUGGCAACCUACCUGUGUCGGAAUAACACCAUCCAGACUAUGGAAGAGCUUCUCUUUGAGCUGCAGCAGACAGAGCCAGUGAACCCCAUCGUCCAGCACUGUGACAACCCACCUUUCUAUCGAUUCACGGCCAGCAGCAAAGCCUCAGCAGCUGCUUCAGGAACCACCUCCAGCAGUAACACUGUGGUCGCCGGCCAGGACAGUUUCCCAGACCCUGAGGAGAGCAAGAUACUGAAAGAAUCCGAUGACAGGUUUAGCAAUGUGAUCCGAGCCCACACUCGCCUGGAGUCAAGAUACAGCAACAGCUCGGGAGGCUCGUAUGAUGAGGAUAAAAAUGAUCCCAUCUCUCCCUACACCGGCUGGUUGUUAAGUAUUACGGAAGCCAAGCAGCCACAGCCCUUACCCAUGCCGUGCAGUGGAGGAUGCUGGGCCCCCUUGGUCGACUACCUCCCAGAGACCAUCACUCCGAGGGGGCCGCUGCACAGGUGUAAUAUUGCUGUGAUCUUUAUGACUGAGAUGGUGGUGGAUCACAGCGUGAGGGAAGACUGGGCUCUUCAUCUUCCAUUGUUACUUCAUGCUGUCUUUUUGGGUUUGGACCAUUAUCGGCCAGAAGUCUUCGAGCACAGCAAAAAGCUGCUGCUUCACCUCCUCAUCGCCCUCUCUUGCAACAGUAACUUUCACGCCAUUGCCUCUGUACUCCUGCAGACCCGCGAGAUGGGGGAAGCGAAGACACUAACCAUGCAGCCAGCUUACCAGCCGGAGUAUCUCUACACUGGCGGCUUUGACUUCCUGAGAGAGGAUCAGUCAUCCCCAGUGCCAGACUCUGGCCUCAACUCCAGUUCCACCUCCUCCAGCAUCAGUCUGGGGGGCAGCAGCGGGAACCUCCCACAGAUGACCCAAGAGGUGGAAGAUGUCGAAGCAGCCACUGAAACGGACGAGAAGGCCAGCAAGCUCAUCGAGUUUCUGACGACCAGGGCAUUCGGGCCACUUUGGUGCCACGAAGACAUCACACCCAAAAACCAGAACUCCAAGAGUGCUGAGCAACUCUCUAAUUUCCUGCGUCACGUUGUCUCUGUGUUUAAGGAUUCCAGAUCAGGUUUCCAUCUGGAGCAGCAUCUGAGCGAGGUUGCGCUGCAAACUGCUCUUGCAAGCUCUUCCAGGCACUAUGCAGGCCGGUCUUUCCAGAUCUUCCGGGCCCUCAAACAACCUCUAUCAGCGCAUGCCCUGUCUGACCUCCUGUCCAGAUUGGUGGAGGUGAUCGGAGAGCAUGGUGAUGAGAUUCAGGGAUAUGUGAUGGAAGCGCUCCUGACCCUGGAGGCCGCUGUGGAUAACUUGUCGGACUGCUUGAAGAACAGUGACCUCUUCACAGUGUUAUCUCGUUCUUCAUCGCCAGACCUAAGCUCCAGCAGUAAACUGACAGCGAGCAGGAAAAGCACCGGACAGCUGAACGUCAAUCCCGGGACUCCUGGCAGCGGCGGAGGCGGCGGCGGCAGCGGCAACACCACGACUGCAGAGCGAAGCCGGCACCAGAGAAGCUUCUCUGUGCCCAAGAAGUUCGGUGUCGUUGACCGAUCCUCAGACCCGCCUCGGAGCGCCACCCUGGACAGAAUUCAAGCUUGUACCCAACAAGGCCUUUCCUCAAAAACCAGAAGCAAUUCCUCCCUGAAGGAGAGCCUCACGGACCCGUCCCACGUAAGCCACCCCACCAACCUGCUGGCCACCAUUUUCUGGGUCACGGUGGCCCUGAUGGAGUCUGAUUUUGAGUUUGAAUACCUGAUGGCCUUACGGCUCUUGAACCGACUGCUGGCACAUAUGCCGCUGGAGAAAGCUGAGAACCGAGAAAAGCUGGAGAAACUCCAGGCGCAGCUCAAGUGGGCGGACUUCCCAGGGCUACAGCAGCUGCUCCUGAAGGGAUUCACCUCUCUCACCACCACAGACCUGACCCUGCAGCUUUUCAGCUUGCUGACAUCAGUGUCCAAAGUCCCCAUGGUGGACUCGUCCCAAGCUAUUGGAUUUCCGCUGAAUGUCUUGUGUCUCCUGCCUCAACUGAUCCAGCAUUUUGAAAAUCCCAAUCAGUUCUGUAAGGAUAUAGCUGAAAGGAUCGCUCAGGUUUGCUUGGAAGAAAAAAACCCUAAACUUUCCAACCUGGCUCACGUCAUGACCCUUUACAAAACACACAGCUACACAAGGGACUGCGCCACAUGGGUCAACGUGGUCUGUCGCUACCUUCAUGAAGCCUAUGCCGACAUCACCUUGAACAUGGUCACCUACCUGGCAGAGUUGCUGGAGAAAGGCCUCCCCAGCAUGCAGCAGCCGCUCCUGCAGGUCAUCUACAGUCUACUCAGCUACAUGGACCUCUCUGUCGUUCCUGUCAAGCAGUUUAACAUGGAAGUCCUGAAGACCAUUGAAAAAUACGUACAGAGCAUUCACUGGAGGGAAGCGUUGAAUAUCUUGAAGCUGGUUGUCUCUCGAUCGGCCAGCCUGGUAUUGCCUUCCUACCAACACAGCGACCUCUCCAAGAUAGAACUACACCGGGUGUGGACCAGCGCCUCAAAGGAACUGCCGGGCAAGACCCUGGACUUCCACUUCGACAUCUCAGAGACUCCAAUCAUUGGGAGACGGUACGAUGAACUCCAGAAUUCCUCUGGACGGGAUGGGAAGCCUAGGGCCAUGGCCGUCACCCGGAGUGCAUCCUCUACCUCCUCCGGCUCCAACUCCAAUGUCCUUGUUCCUGUGAGCUGGAAAAGACCCCAGUAUUCUCAGAAAAGAACGAAAGAGAAGCUAGUGCACGUCCUCUCUCUGUGCGGCCAGGAAGUCGGACUAAGCAAAAACCCGUCGGUGAUUUUUUCCUCGUGUGGGGACCUGGAUCUUCCGGAGCAUCAGACAAGCCUGGUGUCAUCCGAGGACGGCCCCCGGGAGCAGGAGAACAUGGAUGACACCAACAGCGAACAGCAGUUCAGAGUCUUCAGGGACUUCGAUUUCCUAGACGUGGAACUGGAGGACGGGGAGGAACUUCAGGGGGAGAGUAUGGACAACUUCAACUGGGGAGUGCGCAGGCGCUCCCUGGACAGCCUGGACAAGUGUGAUAUGCAGAUCCUGGAGGAGCGCCAGCUCUCCAGAAGUACUCCCAGCCUAAACAAGAUGAGCCACGAGGAUUCCGAUGAGUCAUCCGAGGAGGACCUCACAGCCAGCCAGAUCCUGGAACACUCAGACCUUAUCAUGAACCUCUCCCCCUCCGAGGAGGCGAAUCCCAUGGAGCUGCUGACCAGUGCCUGUGACUCCGCCCCCGCAGACCCUCAUUCCUUCAACACCAGAAUGGCAAACUUCGAGGCUUCUUUGCCUGAUAUAAAUAAUCUGCAGAUUUCAGAGGGGUCAAAGGCUGAGGCAGUCCCCGAAGAGGAGGACACCACCGUGCACGAAGAUGAUCUCUCAAGCUCCAUCAAUGAGCUCCCAGCAGCGUUUGAAUGCAGCGACAGCUUCAGCCUGGAUAUGACGGAGGCGGAGGAGAAAGGAAAUCGGGGCCUGGACCAGUACACUCUCGCCAGCUUCGGAGAAGGUGACAGGGGUGUGUCUCCCCCUCCCUCGCCCUUCUUCUCGGCCAUCCUUGCUGCCUUUCAGCCCGCCGCCUGUGAUGACGCCGAGGAAGCCUGGCGAAGCCACAUUAACCAGCUCAUGUGUGACUCAGACGGCUCCUGUGCUGUGUACACAUUUCAUGUGUUCUCCUCUCUGUUUAAGAAUAUUCAAAAGAGGUUCUGCUUCCUAACCUGUGAUGCAGCCAGUUACCUUGGAGAUAACCUCCGGGGAAUCGGGUCCAAAUUUGUCAGCUCUUCCCAGAUGCUCACCUCCUGUUCUGAAUGCCCUACGCUGUUCGUAGAUGCAGAGACUCUCCUUUCCUGUGGGCUCCUGGACAAGCUCAAGUUCAGUGUGCUGGAACUGCAAGAAUAUCUGGACACGUACAACAACAGGAAAGAGGCCACACUCUCGUGGCUUGCCAACUGUAAGGCAACGUUUGCAGGUGGCUCGAGAGAUGGAGUGAUUACCUGCCAACCCGGGGACUCGGAAGAAAAGCAAAUGGAAUCUCUUGCACAACUGGAGCUGUGUCAGAGGCUGUACAAGCUGCAUUUCCAGCUGCUCCUGCUCUAUCAAUCCUAUUGCAAGCUCAUCGGCCAGGUGCAUGAAGUGAGCUCCGUGCCCGAGCUGCUGAACAUGUCCAGAGAACUGAGUGAUCUGAAGAGGAACCUGAAAGAGGCCACUGCCGCCAUCGCCACAGACCCACUGUACAUCGAGGGGGCGUGGUCAGAACCAACCUUCACCUCCACAGAGGCGGCCAUCCAGUCCAUGCUGGAGUGCCUGAAGAACAAUGAACUUGGCAAAGCCCUGAGGCAGAUCAAAGAGUGCAGAAGCCUGUGGCCCAACGACAUCUUUGGAAGCAGUUCUGACGAUGAGGUCCAGACACUCCUGAAUAUUUAUUUCCGUCACCAGACUCUGGGACAGACGGGUACUUAUGCCCUGGUGGGGUCUAACCACAGCCUGACUGAAAUCUGCACCAAGCUCAUGGAGCUGAACAUGGAGAUCCGAGACAUGAUCCGCAGGGCCCAGAACUACCGGGUCCUCACAGCCUUCCUCCCAGACUCCAGUGUGUCUGGCACUAGUCUCUGACAGGAGCCUCCCGUCCCCCAUGGCUUCUAAGCUUGCAGUGCUGCCAUGCUGGGGCGACCUCCUUCAGUGUCUUCUCGGCCUUCGCAAGGCUUGGACGGACCAUUCCCCUCUUCUUACCUGUAGGACUUUUUCUAAAGAAGAUGACUCAACUUCCAAUGUGUAGCAAUACUGUCCAAACCGAGGCAGCCUAGGACCUCCUGAGACAGACAGACUCUACCCAUCCUGAUGUGUGGCUACCCUUCACCAAGCAAAUGCAACCAACCCACUCCUGGAGACAUGACUUCCGUUGCAUUACCAAAGCUGACCACACUGAACGACCUAGUCCUUUCUAGAGACAGUUUUAGAUUAACAAAAGUGCAAUGUUUUUCUUCACAUGAAAAAAAUUUAUAUUCUAAAGCUUGUACAUUCAUUCCCCUUUUUUCACCUAUUUUGCUUCCUUUGGGUUUUCUUUUCUUUCUCUCUCUCUCUCUCUCUCUCUCUCUCUCUCUCUCUCUCUCUCUCUUCCUUCCAUCCUUCCUCCCUCCCUUUCUUUCUUUCUUUCUUUUUUUUUUUUUUUUUUUGUGGGAUGUGUUUGUUUGGUUUAGUGAGUUGCAAAAAGGGGGCAGGCAGAAUGAAGCUGGCCACUGAAACCCUGUGAGAUGGUCAAAAGCUGACAGCCUGUGUGCUUGAAAAGGGAAUUGUAAAUGAGUUACAAUUUAAUAUACACUGUAUCUAAACCGAGGCUGCUAGAAAGUACCUUUCUGAAGUUGCUAGGCUACUGUUUCUGAAAACCCCUGAUCUCUCUGUGCCGGGAGAGAUCCAGAUGGAUUCUUUUUAAGGAUCAUGGCUGCUUUUUACAAAAAGGUUGCUUUAAUAAGCAUUAUUUAUACUAUAGAAGAAUGAGUGUCCGUUUGCAUUACCUUUGCCAUUUUGUAGAAAAGCAAAUUCUCCACAAAAGUCCCAAGUCGUUUCCUCUGUCUGCAUGCAUCCCUUAAUAGCCAUUUGGAUAGCCGGAAGUAGAGUCAUAAAGGGAAGAUAUGAGUUGCCACCUUAAGAAUGACGUCAUAUUUUAUUUGUAAUAUAUGUGUAAAGGGUCUUUCUAAAAAGUUCCUUCCUCAAACCCAACACUGUCGAGUGUUAGAUGUGGGCAUGUGAUCUGUUGCACAUCCAAAGCAUAUUCAGAGUUGAUCUAUGUAACUUAUUCACUGUGUAAAUACAUUUAAAGUUUUUGUGAUGUGAUCUCAGUUGAUAAUUCUGUUCAGAAUUGCCUUUAGAUUACAAAAAGAGAAAAAAAAAGACAUGUUGAUCAUGGAUUUUAUUUCUAGUGAAAUUAAAAUAUUUGCCUUUGA